CCCCAUUCGUUCACCAACUUUCCUGCAACCUUACGAUCCAUAUGUACAUGCAUGCGCUUCUACCUGCUAAGCCUCCUACCUUAGUAGUCUUCCUUUAUAUAUCUACCUAAUACACAAUACAACACUCCUCACUAUUUAUUCCAAUAUUUCUUUACUGUUAUUUCCCUUCCACGUACGAAAAAAAAAAAAAGAGAAGAAACCGAAAAUCAGAUCAACAUGUGUACCCCGGACCUGUUCCUCGGCCUUCUGGCCAUCCUAUUCCCCCCUCUGCCGGUCUGGGUCAAAACCGGUCUCUGCUCCGCCGACUCCAUCAUCAACAUCCUGCUAUGUAUGCUAGGCUUCCUCCCCGGCCUCAUACACGCCUGGUACAUAAUCGCCAAAUUCCCCGAAUCGUACGAGUACGAAGUCGUGCCGCAGGACAGCGAGCCCGGCCACGUCACCUACGUCUUUGUUCAGGAGCCCCAGCCCCAAGCCCGUCCUCAGGCCCAGCCCAAGUCUGCCUCUGACCCGCACCCCAACUACGGCGCUACCAACAACAACAACAACCACAACGACUCUUCUUCGUCUGCUGGUCCCUCCGACGGUCACCACUACGAGGGCCACUCCCCGCCUACCUAUAACGAGGCCGUCCAGGGCGACCACAAGAUCCAGACCCAGGACUAGAUGUCCUACGUGUUGCCUACCGCGCUGAUCAAACGGCCGCGAUGGUGCUUGUGGAUGGACCGGCAUCCCGGGAGGUUCUAGAUU